CACGGAUGGCGACUGUGGGGCCGCGGACCGGGCCGAACGCAGGAGCCGAGGCGCUGGCCCUGGCGGCAGAGCUCCAAGGCGAGGCGACGUGCUCCAUCUGCCUAGAGUUUUUCCGGGAACCGGUGUCGGUCGAGUGCGGCCACAGCUUCUGCCGCGCCUGUAUUAUGCGCUGCUGGGAGCGUCCCGGAGCUGGGACCGGCACGGCGACCCGCACGCUGCCCUGCCCACUGCCCUGUCCUCAGUGCCGCGAGCCCGCGCGCCCCAGCCAGCUGCGACCCAAUCGACAGCUGGCCGCGGUGGCCUCGCUUCUUCGGCGCUUUAGCCUGCCCCCCACCGUCCCCGGGGAGCGCGGGACCCCAGCGGUGGCUGCCCGGGCGGAGGCUGCGCGGUGCUCCCAACACGGAGAGCAACUUAAGCUCUACUGCCAAGACGACGGCCGCGCCAUUUGCGUGGUGUGCGACCGCGCCCGCGAGCACCGUUCGCACGCCGUGCUGCCGCUGGAGGAGGCGGUGCAGGAGGCCAAGGAGUUGCUGGAUUCCAGGCUGAGGGCCUUGAAGAAAGUACUGGAAGACUAUGAAACGUUCCGGUCAACAGAGGAGAGGGAGAGCAAAGAGCUUCUAAAGCAGAUGGCAGCAGAGAAAGAGAAGGUAGGGGCGGAGUUCCAAGCGCUGCGGGCCUUUCUGGUGGAGCAGGAGGGUCGGCUUCUAAGCCGACUGGAGGUGCUGUCCCGGGAAGUGACACAGAAACAGAAUGAGAACCUGGCCCAGCUGGAGGGUGAGAUCACUCAGCUGUCCAAACUCAGCUGCCAGAUCCAGGAGACAGCUCAGAAGCCGGACCUAGACUUCCUCCAGGAGUUCAAAAGCACACUGAGCAAGUGCAGCAGCGUGCCCGGCUCCAAGCCAACCACAGUCUCAUCUGAGAUGAAGAAUAAAGUGUGGAAUGUUUCCCUCAAGAGUUUCGUCUUAAAAGGAUUGCUGAAGAAGUUCAAAGAGGAUCUCCAGGGAGAGCUGGAGAAAGAAGAGAAAGUGGAACUCACUUUGGACCCGGACACAGCUAAUCCCCGCCUCAUCUUGUCCCUGGAUCUAAAGAGCGUACGUUUAGGACAGCGCGCCCAGGACUUGCCUAACCAUCCUCGCCGCUUUGAUACCAACACCCGCGUUCUGGCGUCCUGUGGUUUCUCCUCUGGGCGACAUCACUGGGAGGUGGAAGUGGGCUCCAAGGACGGCUGGGCUUUCGGUGUGGCCCGCGAGAGCGUGCGUCGCAAGGGCCUCACGCCUUUUACCCCCGAGGAGGGCGUCUGGGCAAUGCAACUCAACAAUGGGCAAUACUGGGCAGUGACCAGCCCUGAGAGGACGCAACUCAACUGUGGGCACCUGUCGCGGGUGAGGGUGGCGCUGGACCUUGAGGUGGGAGCAGUGUCCUUCUAUGCAGUGGAGGACAUGCGCCAUCUCUACACCUUCCGCGUCAACUUCCAGGAGCGAGUGUUCCCCCUUUUCUCUGUUUGCUCUACCGGCACCUAUUUAAGAAUCUGGCCUUGAAGAGCUGUAGCUUACUAGAAGGGGACAAGGCAGCGGUGUACUCUCCUCCGUGAGACCGAGAUACUUUAUCUUGGACCUUCCUUCACACCCCUACUUCUGCUGCCCAAGAAGGCUGCCACAGAACACAACAUAGGCGCUGAAGACUGAGCAAAGAGGCCCUGUGGGUAACUAAUCGCACAGUGAAGAGAUGCCUUGGACCCUUGGUGCCUGCUGGCUCCUGUAAUGUUCCUGCAAAUUGUGUCUGAACUAUGGAGAGGGGUGGCUCACUGGCAUAAAAGCCCAGCUUUAAGCAAGGGUGCGUCCUACCACAAGGACUUACUGCCUUGAUUCAGAAGGGUCCCUG